ACGGCAACCUUGCGUCCGUAUCUCAAUGCUGUGCGUGCCACGCUGCAGGCUGCUCUCUGCCUGGAGAAUUUCUCCUCACAGGUGGUGGAAAGACACAACAAACCAGAAGUGGAGGUCAGGAGCAGUAAAGAGUUGCUCCUCCAACCAGUCAUCAUCAGUCGUAAUGAGAAGGAGAAGGUACUGAUCGAGGGCUCCAUCAACUCUGUCAGGGUCAGCAUCGCUGUCAAGCAGGCAGAUGAGAUCGAGAAGAUUUUGUGCCACAAGUUCAUGCGUUUUAUGAUGAUGAGAGCAGAAAACUUCUUCAUCCUGAGGAGGAAACCAGUGGAGGGCUACGACAUCAGUUUCCUCAUCACCAACUUCCACACCGAACAGAUGUACAAACACAAACUAGUGGACUUUGUGAUUCAUUUCAUGGAGGAAAUUGAUAAAGAGAUCAGUGAAAUGAAACUCUCGGUGAACGCCAGGGCUCGAAUCGUCGCCGAAGAGUUCCUCAAAAACUUCUGAAAGAGGAAACUCUGGUACACAUUCCUUUUGCAAUCACUGUGGAGCGUUUCCCGUUGCUGAGCAGAUCCUCACAGAUGUGAUCAGACAAGAGAAGAAACAUGAGACGUACAGUAAGACUGUACAGACCAACACGGUUCAAGACUUUAGUCUGAAAAUGACCUUGUGCUCAAAGUAUUGAUGUUUGUACAUAAUGAAUAUUCACAUUUUAAACCUGCUUUUGGAACGCUGGAGAUCAGGGCGGUCAUUAGAGAAAAUAUUUAUCAAUGUGCAGGAUAAAGUUUUUGCUUUUAGAUCAUUUAAACGUUUUUAAAGUUCUAUAAAUACACUUAUUAUAUGCACAUAAAUUUCAGUUUGCUGUGCUUUGUUACAACAAACUCCAAAGGCAAUCAUGUUUUUUCACAACACAAAUGGAACUGAAUAAAAACUAACUUGCAUUUUA